GGUUUCAUAAUUUAAAUUUAAGCUUAUUUUUUGUUGAGAUUCUAUUUAAAGCACAAUUUUAAAUGACCAUUUUUCUUUUUUCUUUUUUCGAUUCAUACAAGUGACUAAUGGAUUUUUUUUCAACAUAAUUUUCUUAUUCAAUAGUGUCAACUCAUUUGGAUCGUUUUUUUUUUGUGAUUAAUUGAUUGAUGACCUCUUAUUUUAUUCUGAUUUAUUCAGAGUUAAUUUGUUGCUUGUCUUGAAUCAUCAAUACUCUUCACCAUGUCAAUCGAUUGGUGUAAUUUAAAAUAUGGUACAAGUGCUGAGCUUGGAAAAGGAAUUUCCUUUGUUGAUUCUACUUCUAGCAUUGCUUUUAUUACCACUUUGGAGAGAGGUGAAAUUAGCCGAUCAACUGUUCCAAGUGCUACUAAAGACAUAGAAUUUAAAUUUAAAGUUCCAAUUGAUCUGAGAGCCAUAACAUUUAGUUAUUCCAUUGAUAGUCAAUUUAGACAACAAUCGUCUACAAGAACUUGUGGCCUGAAAGUGCUGACCUGGCAAGCGCAAGAUGAACAACAACAGCAAAAUAUUUUCGAUGCACCAAAUGAAAUUUUGCCUAAUCGGAUUUUUCGUUGUCCUGCUCUUCCAAAACAAAACGUUACAAUUAUCAACAAAGCCUAUCAAAUUAGUGACAACAUGAGAAAUUCUGGUUUCAAUAUGGAUCCUUGUUACCCUUUAAUUGAUUCGGUUAAAUUUGGAAUCUCAUCUGAUCAUCAAUCAAGUUGUUUAAACAUCAAUAAGCUAAAAAUCAAAUUAAGCCAUUUACCGGAAAGGACAAGAAUCACAUUCAAUAAGGUUGUCAUUCUCGGUCAACCUUCACCACAAUCAUUUACUGAUCCAAGUUUCAGAUCAAUUACUGAUCGUAUUCUUAACCAUAAACCAGAAAUUCCCAAAACUCCGGUCAAAGCCCCUCAUCGACGACCAAUGUUCAAUCAUCUACCAGGAAGUGCUUCAAGAGGCUUACAAAUGGUCGAAGCGUCAACUCGAGCACAAGAGAACAAUAUUCCGGCAGAAUUUAUUGAUCCAUUUACCAGUCAACUGAUGGAAUUCCCGAUGCUUCUACCCUGUGGUAAAAAUUGUGAUCGAGCUUAUCUUCAUAAAUAUAUUCGACUUGAGAAAAAGUGGUCUAGAAAACCUUCUGAUCCAUUUACGGGUAUAACUUUUUCCCGUGAACAAAUUCCGACCAUCGACAAUGAACUUAAGAAACGAAUUGACAAAUGGUGUCUUCUCUCAAUGUUUGAUUCGAUUCCCGAUUGGUACAGUGGUUGAUCGUUCAGGAUUACACAUUCGCGACCUUUUUUUUGCACGACCUCAGAUACAUUUAUUUUUGAUUGGACGAUAAUUUCUAUUUAAAUGCUAACUCUUUUUCACCUUAAACAGAAAAAGAAAUAAACAAUUAAAAAGUUAAUCUUUA